AUGGGCACCCUAGAGGCAGCUAAGGAGGUCUUAAAAGGCUCCCCUUUUAGCCUUAACCUAGCUAAAAGCAAGGAAAAGGCUAUAGAGGACCUUAAGCUAGAAGGCUUAAAAGCCUUAGAGGCCCUGCAAGACCUUCCUAAGCAGCACUCUUUGCUUCUUCUUAGAGGCAGUAUCCAGCUACUUCUAAGGCACCUCCAGAGGCAACUAGACCCAGCCGGGCUAGAAGACCUUUGGGAAGAGGCUGAUACCCUUAUAAGAGAGGCUAUUAUAGCCCUAGUGGCUAGAAGCCCUACCCUUCCAGUCAGAGAGGGAGGCCUAGGAAUACCCUUACACAGAGACCUAGCCCACGAGCUAUUCCUAGCAGCUAGGGAGGCCUCGCAGCCUACCCUAGGCCUCAUCCGGAAGCCCCUAGCCCAGCCUACCCUAGACCAAAGCCAGCCUAACCAAGGCCAGCCUAGACUAGGGAAAACAGCCCAACAGGUGCUAAAAGAAGCUAAUAAGGCUAGGCUAGCAGGCUUCUUAGAGGACCUCCCCCCUAGCUAUAGGCAUGCUAGGCUAGAAAAUGCUAGCUAUCUCGGCCAUAUAACCCAUAAAGAAGCCCAAAAGUCCUCUUAUCGGGGCCCGCGAAAGUAA